AUGGAAGGUGGGGGGGCUACUCCCCUGAAUCCUGAGCAACGACAACAACUUCCCUUCCCCGGCGACUUCCUCCCACUAGACGGGCAGACGGGAGGAAAAAAUGUCCCGGUAACUGUCAUGUUUCUAGCACACGCUGCUAGUCCAAUGUCGUUGAGGAGUGACGGUAAAGCGGGCCAGGUUGAAGACGGCCCCCAGGCACGUCCCAGCCCCAGUGCCAGUCGACGCCGGGAAAAGCCACAACUUUCAUGCAAUCUCUGCCGACGUCGCAAACCGCUGAUUCCCUUCCCUUUCGCCCGCUCUAGGCUACGUUGCGACCGCCAACAACCAUGUUCAACCUGCUCAUCGCGGGGGCUCGCGUGUACCUACGCCGACAAUUAUGCCACCGCACUAUCCCUGCCCAGGCCGGCAGCCAUGCACGACCGCAUCGUUCAGCUCGAGCGUCUUGUCAUGUCUCUCAUGCCAGCACCUGCGCUCAACUCCAUGUCCGGCCCCGCCCCGAACCCCGGCCCCACUCCGGCGUUGGGUCCCGGUCUCAGUCCCGUACCCCGGGCCGGUCCAACGUGUCACGGCAUGGCCACCCCGGCUGAGACAGCACCUCCUACCGUGGAAUUAGAGACGGCCCUUGAAGUGGGCUCUGAAUGUGGAAGCAUGCAUAUGAGUGCGUCAGAACUACACUACGUUGGCGGGGACCACUGGACCGCCAUCCUGGACGGCAUUGCCGAUCUCAAGGAUCACUUCGACCAAGAAGAACGGUUCCGCCUAGCCCAGGCUGAGCAUGACACUGGCGCUGGCGUUGAAACCACCAACCCCCUGGGGCCUCGCUCAACCCACACACUUCUCCUCUACGGCUGCCGCUUGCCAGUGUCGCGCGCCGAGAUUCUCGCCGCCCUGCCGCCAAAGACUGCUGUAGACCGGUACAUCUCUCGCUACUUCAACCGCUUGGACUUGGUCCAUUCCCAGUAUGAGGCGUUUUGGACCAACGAAUCCAACAUCCCGGUUGUAUGGGUCGGGCUGCUUUUCAGUAUGAUUUGCCUCGCCCUCCUUGCAUCGGAUGCCUCCGACACCGCCCAUGGCGACCCCGAGCACCGAUCUCUGCAAAUUGACCUCUACCGCGAAAAGGCGGUACAAUGUCUCAUCAUCGGCAAAUACAUCAAAUCCGGCCCAUACGUUCUAGAAACUGUCAUACAUUACGUUUACAUCGAACUCAUCCUUCGAGGCGACGCCGACAAAGAUAUCUGGUUUCUUUUCGGCCUUGAAGUGAACCUAGCCAUGCGCAUGGGCUACCAUCGCGAUCCGAGCCAUUUCCCUGGCGUUUCCCCACUCCAGAGCGAGAUCAGGCGAAGACUCUGGGCCACCGUGCUCCAGGGCGAUAUGCUCAUUUCCACCCAAAUGGGGAUGCCUCGCAUGAUCUCGGACGGGAUAUGGGACACGGCGGAGCCACGCAAUAUUAGCGACACCGAUUUGGACGGAAAUACAACCGAGUUGCCACCACCCCGCCCUGAGACUGAACUGACACCGACUCUCGGCAUUAUCGCUAGGAGGAGAAUGUUCAUAGCCCUCGGCAAAAUAUGCGAUAUCACUUCUGCCGCCCAACCGUGUGGCUAUUCUGAGAUGAUGAGGGUGGACGGCAUCCUCCAACAAGCAGUUGCCAGCAUCCCCCCACCGUUCAAACCCAAACCCUUGGCUAUCAGCGUGACCGAUACCCCCGAAGUUAUCAUGGCCCGCCUAUUCAUCCUGCACCUGUUCCACAAGGGGCAAAUCAUGCUUCACCGUCGCUUUCUCUACGUGGAUUCCCCCUCGCCCGACGAGGACGUCUUUGCCUACUCCCGCACCACCUGCCUAGACGCCUCACUCGGCGCUCUUCAGAUCCAAAAUACCCUGGACGAAGAAACCGGGCCUGGGGGGCAGCUCUUCAGGAUGCGCUGGCGCGUUUCUUCCAUCAUGAACCACACUUUCCUUACGGCCACUAUGGUGUUGUGCUCGAUGCUACACCGCGGCCGGACAUUCGAGCGGAAAGAGGAGAUUCUGACGGCCCUUACGAGGACGAGGACCAUCUGGAUGCGCGCUAGUUCCGGUUCCGAGGAGGCAAAAAAGGCAGCCGAGACGGUGAGCAUUGUGCUCGCGAGGGUUGGGGAAGGCCGCGGUGCUCAAGAGCACCGGAAGCACGAGCAUGGUGGUGGGGUUAUGCUUUCACACCAAGCAACACGGGGCACCGCACCGGCCGAGUAUAUCUCUACCGACGGUAGCUGUCUUGGCAACAUCGGCGUUGAUGGCCAUGAUGUGUUGCCCCAAAACAACACCAACGUGGGAAGUACUGCUUUUGAUCUCUUCUACCUCUUCCGCUACGACUAUCCCCACGGCGCAGUCAUUUCGACCCCUGCCCCCGUAGCCCUUUAUCUGCCCCCGCUUCCAUUGCCGCGAGCCCUUCGCUACAGCCAGUUGCUGGUCAAGCACGUUACACCUGUCGUUGCUUGUCGCCAGCUCGCUCUUGGUCUUGUCCAGCUCGUUUCCCUUAUCCACUAG